AUGGAUCCCGGAUCGGCACUAGGGAUUGCCAGUGCAAUCAUCACCUUCAUCGACUUCUCUUGGAGUCUCAUCACUGGGACUAUAGAGGUGUAUCGCAAUGGCCGAGUCAAAGAUGAUCAGGACAUUGAGACCAUCACAUCAGACCUCGAGUCCAUUACAGAUGACCUCCGAAACGGGGCUCCUGGAUCAAGUCGUGCGGAAAAGAGCAUAGCUAAUCUGAGCGAGAAAUGCCUUGCGACCUCUCAAGAGUUGCAAAAGUUGUUCCGACCUCUAGUGAAAAACUCACAAAACAAAAGGACGAUCUGGAAAAGUUUCAAGACUCAGUGGGCCAUCACGACGGGGAAGGAGAAGAUCGAUGAGCUGAGUUUCAAGUUGCAAGGAUACAGAGAGCAGCUCAUGCUCAAUUUGGCCCUGCUCCUUCGUGAUGACAAAGCUAGCUUGAAUGUUCAAAUGCACGCUAUUCAGGACAGUUUCAGCGAUCUAAACUUGGGCCUGGCUACAAAGCUCACCUCUCUUCGCGACGAUCUUAUCGAAGCUUUAGAGAAAGAAACAACCCCUCAGGCGCCACCCAACCACCCAAAUGGAGAGGCCUUCUCGUUGAUCGACUCGCUGGAAGACCUCAAGAGAAUGAUUGCAUACUUGCAAUCUUCUAUCAUUGACAUGCCCAUUCAGCAAAGAAUUCUUCGCCAACUUGCCUAUCAACAGAUGCCUUCCCGCCACUCUGCAAUCGUCAGUCCAGAAGCUGGUACUCUGCAAUGGAUCUUUUCUCAAGCAGACCCCAUUGAUAAAGACGCUACUUCUGCAGAUCGCCAGUUUCAAGAUGUGCGAACCGAUGCUAGCCAGAAGUAUCUGACGUGGUUAGAGGCAGGAACAGGCGUCUUUCAUCUUUCUGGAAAUACUGGCUCAGGAAAAUCGGCGCUCAUGAAAUACAUUGCUGGACAUGAUGUUACAAAAAAGAAAUUGGAGCUAUGGGCCGGAACCCAAACUUUGGUCCUGGCCGAUUUCUAUUUCUGGGCGCCAGGAAACGACCUGCAGCGAUCGCUUGAAGGGCUACAUCGAACAAUCUUGUUUGGGGCAUUGAGUCAACAUCCAGAGUUGAUGGAGAAGAUCUUCCCCCAGCAAUGGCGACGCUUGAAGGCCUCACGCUCCUGGACAGACCCUCUGGUGGAGGGAAUUCAAGAAUUCGGGCAGCGACGAAUCGAGGAGGCAUUCGCGAUGCUGACUGAGAGUAGAGAUUUCUCAGGCUACAAGUUCUGCUUCUUCAUCGACGGCCUCGAUGAGCUUAGCGGAGACAAACAAGACCACGAAAAUCUCGCCGAACAAAUAUGUGGCUGGGCAAAGGCAGAAAACGUAAAAGUCUGCGCCAGCUCCCGACCGUAUCGGGAGUUUCUAGACAUAUUUCAAUCUUCUGGACAUACAACUAUCUAUUUGCAUCAGCUGAACAAAUCAGACAUCUAUGCAUAUUGCCGAGAAAAGUUGGGCCAAGAUAGGAAAGGAAAGAAUCUACCAGAACAAGACCGCGAAGAGUUGAUAAGGGCAAUUGCCAAGAAGUCUCAAGGAGUUUUCCUGUGGACUUUCCUCGUAGUUCGCCAGCUUCUCAAUGCUCUUCGCAAUGAGGAUCCGUUGCGUGUACUGAGGAAACGGGUUGAUGAAGUCCCGGUACAACUGGAAGAACUUUACGCCAAAUCGCUGGAAUCUAUCGGGAGAAGCAAGAUAGAUAGGGAAAGGGCAUUCAGAAUCCUCCUACUAGCCCUCGAAAACCUCUGUCCUUGGCCAAUAGAUGCCCUCUCGUUUUCUUGGAUUCCCGGCUUUGACGAUGGACAAUCGCAGGGCCUGCAGGAUGCAGAUUUUCCAAAUGCAACAAUGUUCGAAUGUUACUCAAAAGAUGAAGCUGUCCGGACGCUGAGUCGUGUGAAAGCUCAGGUCCAGGGCCUCACCAGAGACUUCCUGGAGACCAAACACAAUGAUAACAUUGAGAGCGGGUUUCGUCCCUAUCAGGGAGAAGAUUUUUCAAACUGGACAGUUGAAUUCUUCCACCGAUCUGCCCGUGAUUAUCUAUGGGAUAAUAAGGUUCAGCGAGCUUUAAUACGCCAUUAUUUAAUGGGACUCCACGCGCUAAAAGAUGGCACAACACUUUUUUGGGAACUACAGGCAACGAUCAAUUGUCGAGGCGUUUAUGAACCCUACUGGGUCGGCCUCAGGCCAAUAAAUUGGAGCACAUACCAGACUAUUGUCUAUGAUCUGAUUUCAAAAUCAUUGGUUCACAUUGCUGCUUACUUUGGAUUGGAGAAAUUUGUGCUGGAUGGGGUCGAUCGGAACCCGGAAGUUCUUCGUACCGAUAACAACCUGAAUCUCCUUGUCUCUGCUGUUAUGGCCACGCAAGGUCCUCCGGGAACGGAUUUAGUGGGGGAAUUACUGGAUCGACAUGUCGACCUAGAAGGCAUGCAUCCGGUCAAACAUUGGAAGACCGGCCUGAUCGAAAAGUGGCCCGUCUGGGUCAUCGUAUCAAUAUCCUUGUUUCAACGCAUAAUUCCUAGAAAUGAACCCUCACCGGACAUUAUCCGGAAUCUCAUUCGUAUGAGUCAACUUAUCAUUGAUAAAGACUGGAGCCUGAAAAUGACGUUCUGGCUAUAUCCAUUUACGGAAUCCAAGCGCCAAUCGAGGGCGUUCGAUCUUGGUGAGAUUCUUAGAUUUGAUCAGGCUUUGGCUUUGGAGUCAGAGAUGAACCGGUUCAAUCGAUGGAGACGAUGGGUGAGGUAUUUGUGUAGUAGUGAUGAUCAUUUGGAACUGGUGCGGUUAGAAAGGAUUGUUAUGCGAGAGGCCACUUGGGAACCGCGAUAA